GACUGACCCGGAUGUAAACACGGUAUCAGUUUCCGGGUCAGAGGUCGUUUUCCCGGUUAGCAGAGUUGUAGCAGAAAGAGUGAAAUAAAAGCAAACACCGCGACAACACACCUGCCAGGUUUCUCUGACCAGACUGAAGAUGCUAAGGAGGAAGCCGACUCGUCUGGAGCUGAAGAUCGACGACACCGAAGAGUUCGAGAGCGUCAAGAAAGAGCUCGAGGCCAGGAAGCGUCAGAGAGAGGAGGCGGAGUCAGGAGGAGGAGUGGGCGGGGCCUCUGUAAUAGGUGUUGACCUGAUAGGAGGUGGAGCCUCUGCCUCAGGUUCUUCAUCCACUGCAGCGUCGAGGGCGGAGCUUAUCAACGAGCGAAUCGGCUACAAGCCUCAUCCUAAACCGGCGACGCUGCCGACCUUAUUUGGAAGUUUACAGUUUUAAUAGCCAAUAAAAAUGUUUCAUAGAAAAA